GGUCAUCCAGUCCGCUUGAUGGCGCCAAAUGUUAGAUCUUUCUUUGGUGAGCGAAAAACCGCGGUGAACCAUGUGGACACAAUCGGCUGAGACUUAUUUCCUAAACAGUUUAGCUAAGAACGUUGCGGAUGCAGGACUAAGGGGCGUUUGUUACCCUGUGAAGUCCCCAUGAGGUGAUGCUGCACGUGUUGCGCUGCCCCGUGCAGAGGACUCUCAUCUCUCCACGAAGGGCAUGUCUGCCCUCCCUCUACUACUCCACCACAGCUCCCUCGCUUCAGGGCGAGGACUCCGCCGAAACCCGCCUGAGCCCCCUCAACAUCCAGAUGCUGUCAAAGAACCUCCAUGAGCAAAUCUUCCGAGGGCUGCACCCGGAGAACCGCCCGGAGGACGUGGAGCGCAGCGUCAGACACCUGCAGAAACACCAGCUGUGGGGGAAGGAAACCUCAUUGCUGCCAGACGUGGAGCUGAAGCUUCCCAAAAUGUAUGGAAAAAGCAUCGAUGAACACUUCCGCAUUCUGGCCCAGAAGCAGAGCUUUCCGUACCUGGAGGCUGCCAUGAAGCUGCAGCAGGCCGAGCUGCCUCCCAUGCCAGGGGAGUGGAGCCGGGAGCUCGGCUGGACGCGCUACAGGCGCAGUGGGGAGAGGCACAGGGUGGACUUCCCAGAGGAGUCAGCGCUGGUGUUUGAUGUGGAGGUGUGCACGUCGGAGGGACAGUGUCCCACACUGGCUGUCGCUGUGUCUCCUACCAACUGGUAUUCCUGGUGCAGUAAACGACUGAUAGAAGACAGAUACUCAUGGUCAAACCAGUUGACUCCUGCUGACCUCAUCCCACUCGAGACGCCUGUUAACUCUGCCCGCCCCCCUGGGGGUGAGUGGAAGGAGCGGCUCAUAGUGGGCCAUAAUGUCAGCUUUGAUCGAUCCCACAUUAAGGAGCAGUACUUUCUAAAGGGCUCAAAGGUUCGCUUCGUGGACACCAUGAGCCUUCACAUGGCCAUCUCAGGGCUAACUGGGUUCCAGCGCACACUGUGGAUGGCCAACAAGCUGGGCAAGAGGAGAGGUCUGCAGGAGGUCAAAGAGCACAUUAAGAGAGCUGAAAAGAAAAAUGAUGGCCCAAUGAUCGGCUCCUGGGACUGGGUGAAUAUUAGCAGCAUAAACAACCUGGCUGAUGUGCAUGCUCUGUAUGUGGGAGGGCCACCACUGCAAAAGGAGGCCAGAGAGACUUUUAUAAAGGGCAGAAUGAUGGACGUCAGGAAUAACUUCCAGGAGUUAAUGCAGUACUGCGCCAUGGACGUUCAGGCCACCCAUCAAGUCUUCAUGGAGCAGCUUCCCCUCUUCAUGGAGCGGUGCCCACACCCAGUGACAUUUGCAGGAAUGCUUGAGAUGGGCGUGAGCUACCUUCCCAUUAAUCAAAAUUGGGGACGGUACCUGGAGGAUUCUCAGGAUGUUUACGAGGAGCUCCAGCGAGAGAUGAAGAAGUCUCUGAUGACUCUGGCAGACGAUGCCUGUCAGCUCCUGCACGAUCACCGGUACAAGGAAGACCCCUGGCUUUGGGAUCUUGAGUGGGAUGUGCAGGAGUUCAAGCUAAAGAAAGUAACUGCCAGCAAGAAGGAACUCGCGAAAAAAGCAGCAGAAGCUCAAGUAGCUACUCCACUUCCAGAGUGUGAAGAAGACCCAGGUCCACCGUCUGAGGAGGAGAUGGAGGGCCCUUGCCCCAGCAGGUUGGCUGUUGAGAAGCUGAAGGAAAAAGUGACUCGACUGCCGAAGAGAAGGCAACAUCUGCCUGGACAUCCAGGGUGGUAUCGUAAGCUCUGUGAGAAGAUGUCUGAGGAGGACAGCUGGUCACCUGGGGCCAACCUGAUCAGCCUGCAAAUGAGGCUGACUCCAAAGCUGAUGGGUCUGACGUGGGACGGUUUCCCCUUGCACUACACAGACAAGCAUGGGUGGGGCUACCUGGUCCCUGGACGCAAAGACAACCUGAAGACUCAAGAGGAAAGUGCAGGGCCCGUGUGCCCCUACAGAACCAUUGAGAACAUUUACAAAGAGUAUUGUGAGCUGAACAGCAAAGAGAAGCCUGGAUGCCUGGACUCCAGCCCUUCAGAGGACCUCAUGUUGACAGACACUGCAGUUUGGGCAAAGGUGGAGGAGUUGAGUUCCCUGGAAAGUCUGACAGAUGAAAAUGGAGUCGGAAUGAUAAGAAAUGCUGAGAGGGGAAAAAAAGGAUCUCCAGACCUUGUACCAGAUGAGAGUCGUUGCCAUUAUCACCAUGGAAACGGCCCCUUCAACGAUGUAGACAUCCCAGGAUGCUGGUUUUUCAAAUUACCUCAUAAGGAUGGCAACCAGAACAAUGUGGGCAGCCCCUUUUCUAAGGACUUCCUGUCCAAAAUGGAGGACGGUACUCUGAGGGCAGGGCGAGGUGGAACCAAUGCUACACGGGCUCUUGAAAUUAAUAAAAUGAUGUCCUUCUGGAGGAAUGCCCAUAAACGAAUUAGCUCUCAGAUGGUGCUGUGGCUCAGAAAAGGAGAGCUCCCUCGUGCUGUCGUCAGACACAAAGACUUUGAUGAGGAGGGACAGUACGGCGCCAUAUUACCUCAGGUCAUCACAGCUGGAACAGUCACCCGUAGGGCCGUGGAGCCAACAUGGCUGACUGCCAGCAACGCACGGCGGGAUCGGGUUGGCAGUGAGCUGAAGGCCAUGGUGCAGGUUCCACCUGGUUACCACCUGGUAGGAGCAGAUGUAGAUUCUCAGGAGCUGUGGAUUGCCGCAGUGCUUGGAGAAGCUCACUUUGCUGCCAUGCAUGGUUGCACAGCGUUUGGCUGGAUGACUCUUCAGGGAAAGAAAAGUCAGGGCACUGACCUGCACAGCCGCACUGCUGAUGCUGUGGGAAUCAGCAGGGAGCAUGCCAAGGUCUUCAACUAUGGACGCAUUUAUGGUGCCGGACAACCUUUUGCUGAGAGGCUGCUGAUGCAGUUUAAUCACCGCCUCAGUCAGGCAGAAGCCGGAAGCAAAGCCCGGCAGAUGUAUGCCUUAACAAAGGGCAUACGCAGAUACCAUCUGUCGGAGGAGGGUGAGUGGCUGGUCAGUGAACUGGGUAUUGAUGUGAAGAGGGAAGAGGAUGGAAGUGUCUCCCUGCAGGAGUUGCGGAGGAUAUCCAAGUUGGCCUCAAAGUGUUCACGACGGAAGAGGUGGAAUAUAGUCGGCAAACGUCUGUGGGCUGGAGGCACCGAGUCGGACAUGUUCAAUAAGCUGGAGAGUAUUGCUCAUUCGAGCCAGCCAGCCACUCCUGUUCUGGGCUGCAGGAUUAGCAGAGCACUGGAGCCCAUGGCAGCUAAAGACGAGUUUAUCACCAGCAGAGUCAACUGGGUGGUUCAGAGCUCGGCGGUGGACUACCUACACCUGAUGCUUGUGGCCAUGAAGUGGCUCUUUGAGGAGCACAACAUCGAUGGUCGUUUCUGCAUCAGCAUCCACGACGAGGUGCGCUACCUGGUCCGCAGUGAAGAUCGUUACAGAGCUGCGCUGGCUCUUCAGAUUACAAACCUGCUUACAAGGAGUAUGUUUGCCCAUGCGCUCGGGAUGCAAGACCUCCCCCAUUCAGUAGCUUUCUUCAGUGCAGUCGACAUUGACCAGUGCCUGAGGAAGGAGGUCACCAUGGACUGUGUGACUCCUUCCAACCCCACAGGUCUGGAGCGAAGAUAUGGCCUACGACCUGGUGAAGCCUUGGACAUCUACCAAAUCAUUGAUAUCACCAAAGGCUCUUUAAGCAAAGGAAGAUAGCAGAUCACAGGCCAGACUACUGUUCUGAAUAACAGUGGUAGUAACACAUGUACAAGGUCAUCUCACUGCUUCCUCUUCUUCUGUUUGGGUUCUUGUGUCUCCUGUGACUCUGUUGUCUGGCAAGAACAGAAGAAUAAGAUCUCACCCAACAGAAGGAAAGUUUUAAUUGAAACAAUUACUGAAAUGAUAUCUAAAAGUAAAAUGGCUUUAUUCACUACUGAGAAGAUUACAGUUUGACACCGUAAGUUGAACUUACCUCCUCAGUGUCAUCCUGCUCCUGCAGGGCUGCAUCCAGCGUAGCAGCAUUGAUGCGAAAAUCUCUUGAAGUGCUCAGCUUCAUGUACUGCAUCAGAUUUACCUGAACCAAACAUAUAACAUAUAAACCUCACUAUGAGCAGCUUGACGGUUUCCAUCAGUGUUCAAAGGAUCAUACUUUGUUUUUUGAACCAAUUUCAAUACAUCCAUGUACCUUUGAUUUCUUUGAGAGCGUAAUGAGGUAUUUCUCAUACUGUUCAAUGCUGAAGAUCAAAUUGGGGAUGGCCUUUGUGUCACGCAGAAGUUUUGCCUACCAGAAGAAAAGAAUAUGCGUAAACGAACUACAUGUACUCAGUUAAAACAGUUCUGUUCAAGGCACAGAGUUUUAGUGCAUUUAUAAAUUUGUAUUUAAAUUUAUAAAAACAUAGAACCGUC